UCUUUCUCUCGCAGCAAUGUCCAGUUCCAGUUCAGCUUCAGCUAAGGCACAUUCAAAAAUGUGAUACCCACGUUCAACAACUUCUUCCUUAUUCACUUCUUUUGCUCAUAUAAUACCAAGAUUGCACUUCAAGAAUCCUCUACCCAAUAAACACUAUGCACUAGACUUUUGUGCUUUGAGUUUUGACCUUCAUCUUUCUUUCUCAAUGGCCUCAUCAAUUAAUCUUCUUGACUAUGCUCUGUUUCAGCUUACCCCUACUCGAACCAGAUUUGAUCUUGUUCUAUUCUCUGGAGGCAAGACUGAGAAGUUGGCUUCUGGGUUAUUUGAACCCUUCAUUUCACACCUCAAAUUUGCUAAAGAUCAGAUUUGCAAAGGUGGGUACUCCAUCAAACUCUGCCCACCCACCGGCAAUGCUACUUGGUUCACUAAAGCCACUUUUGAGAGAUUUGUGCGUUUUGUUAGCACACCAGCAGUGCUUGAAAGAUUUGUCAGCCUAGAAAAAGAAAUCUUGCAGAUUGAGAGAUCAGCUCAAGCCAAUGAAUUGUCAAACAUUGAUGUGACUGGACAAUUGGAGGAAGGAAGUGGGGUAGCUGCCAAAUCUAGCACAAGGAAGUCGAGUGACUCCUCUAAGGUAAAGGGGGAACUAGAGAGACACAAUGACAUUGGACCAGAAGAAAACUCCAAGAUUCAACUCCAACGGCUUCUUGAAACUCGGAAAACUUUGCUUCGCAAAGAGCAAGCUAUGGCUUAUGCCCGCGGUCUUGUUGCUGGAUUUGAAGUGCAUAAUAUAGAUGAUCUCAUUUCCUUUGCAGAUGCGUUUGGAGCCUCUCGGUUAAGGGAAGCAUGUAUUAAUUUCAAGGAAUUAUGUAAAAAAAAGCACGGAGAUGGUCUUUGGAUGGAGGAAUUAGCAGCAAUGGAAGCAUGUCCACCAUCGGAAUUGUCAUUAUUGGGAACUUCAGGAAUAAUACUUAAUAAUGAUGCUAGCGGCCUUAAUCCACAUAUCAUACUAACUUUGCCCAAAGGUGAUGUGCCAAAUGGAUCCACAGAUGCAUCAAGGUCUGAUUCAACUGCCAGUCAUGCAAGUUUUGACAGCAAAAAGGAUGAUAACUCAGCAACAUCAGAUCAGAUGCCAUCAACUACCACCAAAGUUCAAGUGCCAAUGCCUUGGUCAAAUCAGAUACCUCAAUAUAUGUAUAAUUUCCAGAACCCUCAACAACUUCCUCCAUACCAAGGAUAUCCAUUCCCAAUGCAGGCUAUCCCUCCUCAUUAUGCAAUGGCCAUGCAGUGGCCUCCCAAUCUGAAAGAAUCUGCUCCAGUGAAAAAAGAGAAAUUUCUGAACAAAAAAGGGCUUGAACAUUCAGGAGAAGAUGGAGAACCUGAGUCCAGCAACUCUGAGGUAGGGAGUGAUUCAGAUUCAUAUAUGCAGCGAGACAAAAGGGACUCUUCUACGGAUGCUUCUCGCAGGAAAAAGCAUAGGAAGAAGUCCUCUAAGACAGUUGUUAUCCGUAAUAUUAACUACAUUACUCCAAAGAGAAGAAAUGGGGAAAAAACCAGUGUCUCUGAUGAAUCUUCUUCUUCUGAGGAUUUCAUUGAUGAAGAUUCCCUCCAGCAAAAGGUAGAUGAUGCAAUCGGAUCAUUGAAGAAAUUGCACAAGUCAAAGUCAAGUAAUCAUGGGAAAAAAGGUUCACACAAGAGCAACCACAUUUCCAAUGGGUCAAGUGACUCUGGUCUCGAGGAUUUAGGUGAUGGCGUUGUUUCAAAUUCUUCAGAGGCAGGACAGACCAAUGAGAACUGGGAUGCUUUCCAGAACCUCCUGAUGAAAGAUGAGGAGGCAAAUGUUAAUGGAGUAGCAAGGUUGCAUCCAAUGGAUGUUCCGGAUGAGCAUUUUACAGUCAAAAGCUUAGGUGAUGGAACUGCAUUGGCAAACAACAGUACUAUGGACUUGGAAUUGGAGAAAGUAUCAAAGCAGCGAAUGGCUGCAGGUGAUUCCUUUGUUGUGACUCAGAGGGAUGGGGGAUCUGAAGAUCAAGAUGGGAUGAAAGAUAUUGAAAGUGUGGAGAAUCUUAGACCUGUCAUGAAGAGAAGGGAUUCCAUAGAUGAAGAUCUGCUAAUUCCACAGCGAAUGGAUGAAUCGAGAACUGGGCUCAGGGUUAUCCUGUCUGCAACUGAGUCAUCCAUUAUUAAGCCUGGAAACAGAGAAGAUUGGCUUGUUAUCAGCCACUCAGGGAAACCAGAAAACCAGACUUCAAUCAAUGAGGAUAUAAUCUUUAACGGUGAUUGCAUGUCUACAUCAGAGCGUGAUUAUUUGAAUGUCGAAAAGGGUAGAAAAAAUGUAGCUAUUGAUGAUUCUUUCAUGAUACAUGAUCGACCAGCAGUUGAUGAUCUGUGUGAUUCUCAGUGGAAAACUGACAUCAGCAUGGCUGCAGAUCUCAAUUCAUCGUCGCAGCCAGAAAAUGGCAUUGUAAAAGAAAACCACGAAGUAUUGGGUGGUUAUGAACCAAAUGAUAUGUGUGUGGUACUUGAACGGGAUUCCGGAUUAGAAUCAGCAAGGGAAUCCUGGACUUCAGACCAUGGAAUUGACAUAUCCUUCAUGGAAACUGAAAUAAGGAGCUCUAGUGUUGAAACUAAUAAUGAUGCUGCAAAGAAGCUUCCUUCAAAUUGUGACAGCACUAUUGUGAAGAAAAAGGAAAGUAGUGGAAGAAAAGUUCCAGGAAAAGAAGUUAGGCCUAGGGUUUUAUCUGGAUCCCCUGGAAACAACAAAACUAGCAUGUUAUCUAAGAGCAAGAAACCGUCACUUCCAAGUAGGCCUAUAGUUCAGAAGAGCAAGCUGGAGAAGGAAGAAGAGAUUCGGAAGAAGAUGGAAGAAUUAUUGAUUCAACGCCAGAAAAGAAUUGCAGAAAGAAGUGCAGCUAGUGGCUUUACUCCAGCAACAACCAAGAAAAUCCCAUCAGGAAGUAAACAAGUGAAAGGCUCCAUUAAGUAUAACCAGAAUAAAACUCAUUCAUGACUCGAGACAAAUAAGGAAAGUUCCGUCAAAAUCAAGGCAGCUUAAGAAAUAUCAGGGGGUAAGUGGAGUUGUGAAUGUGUAGAUCUUCAGUUCGUAAUGUCUUACUGGUUACUUCGGCAACUUGAGGUGGAUGGGAAAUACUAUGCAUUGUCUAUCCUAGAGACCAAAUUCUCAAUAUUUUUCAAUAGCAUGUUCGACAUUUCCACAGAAUGCUGAUAUAGUGUUAUAAACCUAUUAGCUCAUAGUGUAUAGUUUUCACCUCCUUCCAUUCUUUUAUACUUUGGUAGCAAGUAGAGUGAAUUUUGAAGGCAUCUGGAAAAUAAUAACCCGUCAGUUUAGUCCCUUGUUUCCUGGAUAUGUACUUUAAACCCUGUAGUAAAAGCAUCCUUAUUGCUGUAUACAUUUCAUGGUUGUUUGUAAUAAGUUCUACUUCCAUGUAAUUAAUGCGAAAUUGGUAUUGAGUUUCAUUUUA